GCGCCCCAAAACUCUUCUCAUUUCACGCUCGGCUGUCUUCUGUUUGACAACUUUCAAGCCAGGCCUCUACCGCUGAUUCGUCUUUCUCUCUUACACUACUCCCUCCUUGCUCCUGCUCUGCUUUUCCCUCCCCCUCCCCUCUCCCCCCCUCUCCUCCCCCCUCUCCCCCCCUCUCCUCCCCCCUCUCCCCCCCUCUCCUCCCCCACCUCCCCCUCCCACCAGUCACUCGCCCAUCGCCUGGUGGAUGCUUUUCAAGGAGCAGCAUUGCUGCUCUGCCACGACCUCUUUUCUCAAUCACCCCCAGCGCUUCUUCUCUCUUCUCCCUCCCACCCCUCCCCCACCUCCCCCUCCCACCAGUCACUCGCCCAUCGCUUGGCGGAUGCCUUUCAAGGCGCAGCACUGCUGCUGUGCCACAGCCUGCUGCUCGCCUCCACCCUCUCCCCGGCUGACACUGCAGCACUACACUCCUACGCAUGCCUGCGCCUUCUCCCUUCCUCCCUCUCCCCCUCCUCCUCCUCCUCUUCCAUCCUUCGCUCCCUCUCCCCCUUCCGCUCCCCUUUCACCUCCUCCUCCUCCGCCUCCUCCUCCCCCUCCUCUCACCGGCCCUCCUCCCCCUCCCCUCGUCGCACCUCCUCCUCUUUCCUCAGCCCCUCACUCACUCCCUCACUCACUCCCUCACUCGCUCCCACCCUACCUCGCUCCUCCUCCACUCCCUCACUCGCCCAUCUCUCCCCUUUCGGCCACACUCCCCUUCUCUCCCCCUCUGCUUGCCCCAACCCCAACCAGCCAUUCCCCCCUUCCCCCUCCGCCUCCACCCCCCCCACCCACUCCUCCCCUUUCCCCCUCCCCUACUCCUCCCCUCCCCUCCCCCUUCGCCCGUCAUCCUGGGCCAAAUCCACGUCAGGCCACUCCCUUUCCACGUCAGCAUGGGGAUUAGAUCCCCAAACCAACACCCCUCUCCCCCCUCUAGUCUACCUUAGGUCUUUGGGGGUAGAGGUGGGGGGAGGAGGGGCGGGGGGAGGGGUGGGGGGAGGGGAACGAGGAGAGGAAGGGGCGAAGGAAAAGGGUGGUGGAAGGGAGGAGGGCGGAGGGGGAUUGGGAGGGGAAGGGGGAGGGGAGAAGGGAGAGGAAGCAGGAGUGGUGGGAGUGCUGCGGGUGUUUUAUGUGAAGGACCUGACAGCCAUGGUGGUGGAACCACUAGCAGCAGCAGCGGGAGGAGCAGCAAGGGAGGGGCAGAGGAGGAAUGAUGAAGCCGGUCCGACAAAUCUGCACCCCGAGCUACUGAGGGAGAUGGAAGCAUUGGAGGCGUCGCUUCAGCGGCACCACAUCAACCCGCAAGCCGCCCACAUUCAGGGCUGCCGCUACCUCUGCACCGACCCGCUUCUCCGCUCCUUCUCCGCUUCCCCGCCCUGCAAAGUCACCACCCUCGCCAAGGAUUCUCUGGCAGUGCUGAAUCAGAUGAGACACGAGGCGGACAGACAGCAGCAAAGGAGGGAGAUGAUGAGGGUGCAGGGGGGAGGAAGGAAGAGAAGGGAUGCGCUCACCGGAAGGGUGGGAAGAGGAGAGAAAGGGUCAAGGGAACAACAUGCAGUGAGCACACAAGGGGACGGCGCAGGGGUGGGAAUUUCUACGGGGGAAGAAAGGGGGAGUGGAGGGACAGAGAUGGAGGGAGCAGCAGGUGGGGCAAGCGAGGGGGAGCAGGGUGUUCCCGGGACCAUGACAGAAGAUGGGGAGAGGAAACGGAUGAGUGAGGAGGAGGGAGGAGAGGGGAGGGCGGGAGAGGCGGGAGGAGGAGAGAGGGAGAGACGAGAGGAAGCAGGGCGAGGGGAGGAGAAGGGGGAGUGGUGUGAGGAGGGGGGUGAGGAGGAAAGUGAGGAAAGUGAGGAGGAGAGUGAGGAGGUGGCAUCAAAGGUGGGAAGAAACGCGUGGGUGGUGGAGAGGAGGAGUGGCGGGCGGCAGCUGGUGGUGGCAGUGGAGAGAGGAUGCGACUCCCUGCUGGGAGCAGAAGAACUCGUGGACAGACUGAAUGCACAGUGA